GAAAAACGCCUUCGAAUUGUUGGUGGAAUUGCAUGGGGCCUUCUUUAGCUUCACGAGGACUCUCGCUUCAGAAUCAUACAUAGAGACUUAAAAGCAAGCAAUGCUCCGUUAGAUCAUGAAAUGAAUCCAAAAAUUUCAGAUUUUGGCAUGGCGAGGAUUUUUGGAGGAAACCAAAGUCAAGGGAGUACUAAAAGAGUCGUUGGAACUUAUGGAUACAUGGCUCCUGAGUAUGCAAUGGCAGGAUUGUUUUCAGUGAAGUCUGAUGUGUUUAGCUUUGGCGUCUUACUGCUAGAGAUUGUAAGCGGGAAAAAGAACACUGAUCAACAUUUCCCCGGAGAUGCCCAGAGCCUCCUCACUUACGCAUGGAGACUAUGGUGUGAAGGAAAGUUCUUGGAAUUGAUCGAUCCAUUGAUCACAGAGGCAUGUCCCACUGAAGAUGUGCUGAGAUGCGUCCAUAUUGGGCUAUUGUGCGUUCAAGAAAAUGCGGCGAACCGGCCCACCAUGUCAUCUGUAGUUGUUAUGCUGAAAAGUGACCCAAUGACACUACCCCAAGCCACACAGCCCGGAUUUUUUGUGGGAAGAGCUGUCAUUGAUUCGAAUCAACUAUCAGGAGGUGUCAAACCAUGUUCUACCAAUGGAGUUACCAUCUCUAACAUUGAACCGAGGUGACAACACAAAUGGGAUCAAACUGGAUGCUCUAUUGAGUUUCAACAUGAUUAAGGUGGCAAUGUCUUCGGCAGUGGUUCGCAACCGCCCGUUCAAAAGAAUAGAUUGUGUGUUCAAGAAGUUGCGGCGAGCUGGCCCACCAUGUCAUCUGUAGUUGUUAUGCUGAAAAGUGACUCAAUGGCACUAUCCCUACCCAUGCAGCUCGGAUUUUUUGUGGGGAGAGUAGUCAUUGAUUCAAAUCAACUAUCAGAAGGUGACAAACCAUGUUCUAUCAAUGGUGUAACCAUCUCUAACAUUGAACUGAGGUGACCAUACAGAUGAGAUGAAACUGCAUACUCUAUCAGGUUUUAGAAUGUUGAAGGUGGAAAUUGUUUAUGGCAGUGGUUCCCAACCGCCCGCUCAAAAAAAUAGUAUGUGGACAAGUAUAUGUUAAAAUGCAUAGCUUAAAGAAUCUAUUUUUAUAUUCUCUAAGAUUUCAA